AUGAGUGAUAAGGUAAUUGAUCUUGUUCAUAAUUUUGAGUACAUCGCAGAACAUCACGAGAUAUUUAUUGAAGAUUGUAAACUGUUUACUGUAUUUGGAGAUGAAGAAAUCGAAAAAAUUUUGAAAUUAACAAAUUUAUCUCCAAAUGAAUUUAUUAGUCUUAUUCGACACAUCCCUUCAACAGUUAACGAAGAUAAAGCAUAUAUUCAUCUCCUUAAUGCAAAUGUUUCUUUAAACAAUUUCAAAGAAGCAAUAUCAAUUCUUACUGUAAUAAAAAAAAAGAUGAAAUUUCAAUUAUUCAAUAAUAUUAUUCCAAUCUUAAUCGAAAAAUACAACAAGUUGAUUGAAUCAACGAAAACAAUUGAUAAACUACAAUCUGAACUUAAUAAUGAAAAGAUUCAAAAUCAAAAAAGUCGAAAUCAAAUCAAUUCACUCAUCACACAAAUCAACGAUAAAGAAGCACUAAUAUCAAAAAUUUCUCAAGAAAACAACAAUCUUCGGAAUGAAAACAACAACUUCAAGAAGCAAAAUUGCGACUUAAAUAAAAAAAUUAAUGAUGUUUUAUCUCAUUGCGAUAAAAUAAUUUAUACGAAUUCAAACUAUAAGAAUGAGAUCAAAAAGAAGGAUGAGGCUAUUAUACAAAUUACAUAUGAUUUGGACAAACAAAAGAAGAAAAUAAGCAAACUACAUUCAGAAAAUCAUCGGCUUAAAGACAUAUCAAAUCAUCCAAAAUUUAUCAAUCAGGAAUUGAAAGAUUUAAGAGAUUUGGAAAAUGUUUACAACUUCAUUGAUGAUCUUACGAAUAAUUAUGGAAAACAAAAAUGUAUUUUAAAAUCAUAUAUUAAAGCAUUAGGAGAAUUGCAUGAAGAUGAGACUGGAUUUACAUCACUACAUUUAGCAUGUCAAAAGGGAAAUUUCAAUUUAGUUAGAUAUUUUAUUGAAUGUGAUUGUGAUAUCGAAGUAAAGAAUAACAACGGAUGUACUCCAUUAAUAUUGGCAUCAUAUUGGAAUCAGCUUGUUAUUGUCAAGUAUUUAAUUUCUAUUGGUUCGAAUAUUGAAGCGAAAUCAAAAGGUGAAAAUACACCUCUUAUUGCGGCAGUAUUAGGGGGUAACAUUGAAGUUGUUAAAUAUCUUAUUUCCAUUGGUGCAAAUAAAGAAGCAGUGAAUAAAGAAGGAAGAAAUUCACUCAUUGAGGCAUCAAUAAAUGGAAAUUUGGAUUUAGUUUAUUAUCUAAUAUCGAUUGGAAUUAAUAAGGAUGUAAUUGAUAACAAUGGCUAUUCAUCAAUCAUAUGGGCAUUAGAAAAAGGGCAUUCCCAAGUUGCUUAUUAUCUUGCGUCUGUUGGAUCCUUUUUAGAAAACAAAGAUUCAAAUGGGAAAACAGCGCUAAUUUUGGCCUCUGAAAAAGGUGAUACUUUUUUUGUCCGAUUACUUAUGUCUAAAGGAGCAAAUGUCGAAGCAGCAGAUAAAAAUGGAAAAACUCCUCUUUUAUAUGUAUCUGAAAAUAAUAAUAUGGAACUUGUUAAAUACUUUAUCUCUAUCGGAGCUAAUAUUGAAGCUAAAGAUACAGAUGGAAAAACUGCUCUCAUAUAUGCAUUAAAAAAUGGCAACCAAGAUAUUGCCAAAUUUCUUAUCAUCAACGGAGCUAAUAUAAGGGUCAUAGAUAAAAAACGGUAUCGUGAUAUGAAUAAUUUCCUGAACACCGCUGCAUAA